ACAAGGAUCAACAGCAGGUGGUGGAGGGUGGGAAAACAUAUAAAGCUCCCUGGGAGCAGCUCUCUCUGACUGUCCUGGCUCCACGGAUCUGCCCUCAGCAUGAAGACGCUCCUGGUUGGGCUCCUGCUUGGCUUGGCAUGCCUGGAAUUGGCCCAAUCCUUACGAUGCUACACGUGCAAGGAGCCCACGGACAUCUCCAAGUGCAGAACAGCCACCCUGUGCCCGCCCAAGGCCAACGUGUGCACCACGACCCUGCACUCCGUGGACACGGGUUAUCCCUUUUUUGGGAACAUCACGGUGACCAGGAGCUGUGAGGAGGAAUGUCUGCCCAACAACGGCAUCGGGGACAACAAACCCAAGUCCUGCUGCUACACCGACCUGUGCACCAGCGACACCAGGGCCAGCAGCGGGGUGAGGAGCAGCUCCUCGGCCCUGCCUCUGCUGGCCCUGCUGCUUGGGAAGCUCCUCCAGUGCUCCCUGUAGUGUCUCAAGCCAAAAUAUCCCCUCCCCUCUCUCUGCCAAGGGAACUCUUCAAUCCCUUGGGAACGACUUCCUCUGCUGCCGCGGGGCUUCACUCGUCUCCCAACGCUGAGAACUCAAGUGGAUUCAAGCCAAGAGUUUGGGCACCUGGAGCUAAAACCCUCAAAUUUCCAGCUUCUGGGUGCCAACCAGAUGUUUCCUCACUUUCAGCUGCUUUUGGUCCAUUUUGGAACUUCUUGGUUCUAUAGAAUCAUGGAAUGGGUUGGGAAGGGACCUUCAAGAUCAGCUUGUUCCAACCCCCUGCCACGGGCAGGGUCACCCUCCACUAUCCCAGGUUGCUCCAAGCCCUGUCCAACCCGGCCUGGAACAAUUCCAGGGAUGGGGAAGCCACAAUUUCAACUUCCCUGGGCAGCUCUGGUGCCACCUCCUGAGUCAGAGGAGCAGAUGGAUCUGGUCCUGGGUUUUUUGCUGCCCAUCAGAGUGUGGAUGGCAAUGGUAGAGAGCUGGCACUUCAUUUGGUAAGGAAUAAGCUAUGGAAUGAGUUCAGAAGGGCUCAGCUUCUGUGGGUUGGGAUGGGAUGUAUUUCUGGAAAGCUCAGAACAUUCCCCAGACUCACCAGGCCAGGGUAGGUUAGACCUGGAAAACCAAAUCUGGGAAUUUGGCCACACGAACCCCUCAGGAUCCUCUGCCUGAGCUCAGGUUGCAGCCAGAGCUCCCAGAUUUCCCUUCCCAGAUGUUUUACACAGUAUUCCAAGCAAAUUCUUCUCUUAGUCUGCCCUCCCCUCAUCCCUCCACCGCAGGAAAGGAAAACGAAUUAUUAUCCCAGACCCCCAACUCUGGGAAAAGCCAGUUACCAGCACUCCUGGAUCCCAGCUGGGAUUUGCUUGGAGCACCUGUGGAAUUGAUUCUGCUGCCCUGUCUGCUGGAAAAGCAGCUGCAGUGGAAGCAGAUAAGGAUGAGCCAGGUGUUCCCAGCUCCCAACCCUCUCCGGGGUGGGAGAACCAGGGAAUUUGCCAUUUGCUGUGUUUGUGCAGCCAGGGCUCAUCCAGGGCAGCAGGAACUCCCUGGCAGAGCAAGGGCGGAGUGGGGCAUGGACACAGCCUGGGCACCAUCCAUGGACACAGCCCGGGCACCAUCCAUGGACACAGCCCGGGCACCACCCCUGUGUGCUCAGGGCACCCCUGCAACCUCCUCUGUGCCAAAGGCUGUUUUCCCUCCAUUUUCCCUCCCCCUUCCUUUUCCCCCCUCCUUUUUUCCUCCUCCUUCCUUUUUCCUCCUUUCUUUUUUUUUCUCCCUUCUUUUCUCUCCUUCCUUUUGUCUCCUCCUUUUCUCCCUUCCUUUUUUCCUUCUUCUUCUCUUUCUCUCCUUCCUUUUCUCUCUUUCUUUUUUCCUUCUCAUUCCUUUUCUCUCCUUUUCUCUCAUUCCUUUUCUCUCCUCCUUUUUUCCUUCUCCUUCUAUUUUCUCUCCUCCUUAUCUCUCCUUCCUUAUCUCUCUUUCCUUUUCUCUCCUCCAUUUUUCCUUCUUCUUUUUCCCUCCUUCUUUUCUCUCCUCCUUAUCUCUCCUUCCUUUUCUCUCCUCUUUUUCUCUCCUUCCUUUUCCCUCCUUUUCUGUCCUCAUUUUCUCUCCUUCUCUCUCCUCAUUUUCUCUCCUCCUUUUCUCCUUCCUUGCUUCCCCCUCACUUCCCCCUCUCUUCCCCCUCGUUUCCCUCUCCCUUUUCCCCCAUUUUCACAGUUUCCAUACAACACCAGCAGGAAACCAAAGCCAGGGGGACUCUUUUUCCUCCUUGCACAGAGAACUCGUUUCCCAAGCUCUGUCUCAGCACCAUCUGCAAGAAAACUCUGCCAACCUUUGCAUUCCCUGGUAGAGGCUCCCUGUGCAAUCCUGGGGCUCAGGGGGCUGAGGAGCCCCUUUGUUCUCCCUAAAACCCCAACAGCUUCCCCAAAACACCCUUGGAAUGCUGAGAUCCAUGAGGAAAAACGCCAUGGAGAGGAGAAUAAUGGGGAGUUACUCCAACACCAAUAUUCCACCCACCCUCACAGACACUGAGCACCAGUUUCUGCUUCCUACUCGUCUGUUCCUGGUUUCCCUGCUCCAAAACCAGCCUGAUGUCAGGCCAGAAGCAAAUCCCCGUCACUGCCACCCUUAAAUCACAUCUUUGUUGUGCUCAGGGUGUCCCCAGUGGCCAUUCCAGUGCGAAACCGGGCUGAGCUUCCCUCCAGCUCUCAUGGAUGGGGCAGGAUCUGCAUCCAGGGAGGGCGUGACGUCCCUCCCGGGUGAGAAUCUGGAAAAUAAAGUUGGAUCCUCUGGUUUUUCA